AUGCUGCUGCCUGACGUUUGGGUGUAUGUAGAGGAUGCGACAGCAACACGCAGCAGCAGCAAAGCAGCAGCAGCUGCUGCUGCUGCUACUGCUGCUGCCGUAGGCGCUCCCAACCAGCAUGAGCACCAGCUGCAGCAGCUGCUGCAGCAGCAACGGCAGCAACUCAAGAGCAGCAAAAUUGCUGCUGUUGGUCUCGUUUUAGUAGCAGAAAAUAUUAAGGGGGGUUGCCGUGCUGCAGGCGAAGCGCUGCUGCUGGAGCCAGCAGCAGCAGAAGCAGCAGCAGCAGCAGGAGGUGCAGCACAAGUGGCCGACGCAGCAGCAGCAGCUUCUCGUGCCACCGGCAACAGCAAACUGCAGCAGCUGCUGCAGACAGAAGCCGCAUCAAAACAAGCUGCAGCAGCAGCAGAAGCAGCAGCAGCAAGUAGUCCCGAAGAGCAGCUAGGCCUUCGCGUUGCGAGGCUGCUGCUGCUGCAGCUGCUGCUGGGGGGUGCUGUGCCGCCCAGAGGGCAGAAGAUCGCUUUGCUGUUUGCUGCACUUGCAGCAGACCACGCACCCUCCAAGGUGCUUCUUUCUCGUCUUACUCCGUCGACUGUUGGUUUUCUGCGGCUGCUGCGGGAUUUCUUUGGAGUGGCUUUUUCCUUUGAGCAGCAGCAGCAGCAGCAGCGGCAUGAGCAGCAGCAGCAGCAGCAGCAGCAGCAGCAGCAGCAGGAUUUAGAUUCAGAGGAGGAGGAUUUAGAGACAGUCGAGCCGCUUGAUCUUUCGUGGGCCCCUCAGGUGUUGGCUACGUGCGUUGGCAUUGCAUAUAAAAACCUCAGCCUCAGCAGCUUCUAA